GGGCGCCAGAGUGCAGGAAUGCGCGCGGCCGCGGUCGGUGAUGACGUGUAUGCUCUCACGCGUCCCGGAAGUGAAGCUGUUGCUGGAAAGAGUUUGGAAACAAACUGGCGAUCGGAUGAUUAAAUGUCAAUCCUUUGACGGACAGAUUGAUUGUUGACAGCGCAGUGAUUGACAGGCAGUGUGUGAUGAUGUAUCGCGGCGGCGGCGCGUGCGUGCUGGUGAUGUUAGUCCUGACGGUGUCGGAGAGCGGCGCGAGGAUCCACCAGCUCAAACUCAAGAACGAGACGCGGUUUGUGGUCCACCUGAACACGUUCGGGUAUUUCGCUAACGGGACUCUGGACGUGCACCUGGUGUCUCUGAACCUCCCGGUGAUGAAGAGCGACUCCAAGUCUCCGGUGGGCUUUAGUUUGGCUCGGUCUCGAGUGACCGGGAUCCUGACCUACACCGCUGAGGAGGUGGAGGAGUGCAUGCUGCUGAGGAAAGAGAGUGAAGAUGAGCUCAUCCUCUUCAUCAUCGACACAGAGAACCACAGUGUGGGUGUAAAACACUUCGGACAAUCUGACAUUGUGCUGCAGUCCAGACUGAAGACAGGAGAAGGAAAAGCGAGGAGGAGGAGAGGAGAGUCAGUCGUCGGGGAGCAGUGUGUGUGUGUUUGUGUGACGGUGUUGAUGACUGUGUCUCAGCGAGGAGGAGAAGAGGAGAGUCAGUCGUCGGGGAGCUGUGUGUGUGUGACGGUGUUGAUGACUGUGUCUCAGCGAGUAGAAGAGGAGAGUCAGUCGUCGGGGAGCUGUGUGUGUGUUUGUGUGACGGUGUUGAUGACUGUGUCUCAGCGAGGAGGAGAAGAGGAGACGAGGAGGAGGAGAGGAUCAGUCGUCGGGGAGCAGAAGGAAGGGAAGAGUGAAGAUGAAACCGGGAAACAGAAGGAAACGUCACAGGAUCAGUCCAUAGCUCCUGUGAGCACCGCUAGCAAACCGGUGGAGAGUUUGAACGGGAAGACGCUGGAACUGGAACAACACGGAGACUCCUACAACUUCAGCUUUCGUCUCAUCAUGAGCUCGCGAUCUCAAGGCCUUUACAACCUGGACUUCCAGAACUGCAACAACAUGAGGCAGAGGAAGCCGAGUCCGUAUUCUCUACAUGUGGAGAUCACCGAGAAGAACCCCAGAGGUUAUCUGUCAGCGUCUGAUAUUCCUCUGCCGCGUCUCUACAUCUGCAUGGCAGCGAUCUUCUUCACCGCCGCUGUGGUGUGGACAUACACACUGCUCAAGUACAGGUACAGUGUGUUUAAGAUCCACUGGCUGAUGGCAGCUCUGGCCUACACUAAAGCCGUGUCUCUGCUGUUCCACAGUAUCAACUAUCACUUCAUCAACUCUGAGGGUCAUCCUAUCGAAGGCUGGGCCGUCAUGUACUACAUCACUCACCUGCUGAAGGGCGCUCUUCUGUUCAUCACACUGGCUCUCAUCGGCACCGGCUUCGCCUUCGUCAAAUACAUCCUGUCAGACAAAGAGAAGAAGAUCUUCAUGAUCGUCAUUCCUCUGCAGGUUCUGGCUAACGUGUCGUACAUCAUCAUCGAGGAGACGGAGGAGGGAGCGAGUGAAUACGCCCUGUGGAGGGAGAUCCUGUUCCUGGUGGAUCUGAUCUGCUGCGGAGCCGUCCUGUUCCCCGUCGUCUGGUCCAUCCGGCAUCUGCAGGAGGCUUCCAACACAGAUGGCAAAGCUGCCAUGAACCUGGAGAAGUUGAAGCUCUUCAGACAUUAUUACGUGAUGAUUGUGUGUUAUAUCUACUUCACUCGGAUCAUCGCGAUCCUGCUGAAGGUCACGGUGCCGUUCCAGUGGCAGUGGUGUCAAGAGUUUUUAGUGGAGAUUUCUACUCUGAUCUUCUUCGUCUUGACGGGAUUCAAGUUCCGUCCAGCGUCAAAUAACCCGUAUCUCCAGUUGCCUCAGGACGAGGAGGACCUGGAGAUGGAUGAAGUUAUAACAGAAUCAGGAGCGCUGGAAGGCAUCCACAAGGUGAAGAAAACGUCUAACGGCCGAGAGAGACAGAGAGAGGUUGCGUUGUGAGUUUCAUAUCGAAGAGGGCGGGGCCUGGACUUUAAGCCCCUCCCCUUCCAGGGAAACCACAGACUCGCUAUGCAAGUGAAAUAAAGACGGGAUGGGAGAACCGUGUGAGAAUAAAGCGCGACUUCCGUCAGUUUUCCGUGAGAGAACGAGCUGAUUUUCCCAUACGGACUCUGGGACGGCGGUGACAGACCCAAUCUUUCGCUUGGUUUACAGUAAUGAUAUGGUCACUGCUCUAUCCGUUAAUUUGUUUGCUAAUUUUUUUUCUUUCAUUCCAAAGAUUUACAAUCAUUAUACUGGAUGUGCUCAAUUAAUUUGAUUUUAGCCUUCUUUAAUUUCCAAUUAUUAUUUAACCGAAGCUGUUUGAUGGUGUGUUUCUUUUCUGAAUUGAUGCUACUGUUUGUAUAUCAUGUUUUUUCUUUUGUUGUUGUUGUUUUGUUUAUUAGACGGCUGGAGAUUGUUGUUGUUGUUGUUCAUAAAACAGGUUGGUUACCCAGACACCAUCAGUUACGCUGAAACUUAAUCUGAAUGAAACCAGUGUUUCUUUUUCCUCAGACAGAUGGAAUAGGUGGAUUUGUGGCCGUUAUAUAAAUAUCUUUAAUGUGUGUUUCA